AUGAGCACUGAGACAGAUUGCACUUACACUAAAAAGCUGAAAAUUAAUUUACCUCUCUCGUUCUAUUACCUAACAGAACUUCCGCAAUCCCCUGAUUUGAGGAUCAUUUUAGUGGGUAAAAGUGGAUCAGGAAAGAGUUCAACAGGAAACACCAUCCUGGGUGAAAACAUUUUUACAGCAAGACGUGCAUUAAAACCUGUAACUAAGCAAUCUGAGAGAGGAUGUAGAGAAAUCGAAGGAAGAACCAUCUCAGUGAUUGACACCCCUGGAAUAUUUGAUACUUCACUGAGUGGGAAAGAAAUGAAAGCUGAAAUUGACAGGUGUAUUUACAUGUCAGUCCCUGGACCCCAUGUGUUUCUCAUGGUUAUCAGGUUAGAUGUAAGAUUUACAGAGGAGGAGAAGAAGUCUGUAGAGUGGAUUAAGCAGAACUUUGGUAAAGAAGCAUCAGAUUAUAUCAUCAUACUAUUCACCCAUGCUGAACAAAUAGAGAAUGAAGAAGUGCAUGAUUGGAUAAGAGAAAAUGCAGAUCUCAAGACAUUAGUGGAAAGUUGUGGGAACAGAUACUGUGCAUUCAGUAAUAUGGCAAGAUCAGAUGAGUCACAGGUCACAGACCUACUGGAGAAGAUAGAUGCUAUGAUAAAGGACAAUGGAGGGAGGUAUUAUAUUAACAAGUCCUUUGAGAACAUUCAGGCAGAAUUGGAGAGUAAGAGAAGAAUGGAGAAGGCUAAGGAUGUUGCAUUAGGUGCGGCAUCAGCAGUAGGGACAGGAGCAGCCAUAGCAGGAGGAGUAGUUUUGGGUGUGGCUGGGGUGGUGGUGUUACCAGCUGUGUUGAUUGCAGCAGGAGCUGCACUUGCAGCAGGAGCAGGUAUAUCGCUGAUUGUGAAAAAGGUCAAAGAGAAAAAAGAAUAA